AUGGCAGAAGAGGAGUUUGAGAUCGACGUCUAUGGCGACUCGGCUAACGACAAUGGCGACAUCGACCAUGGCGAACAGAACCAUGGUGAGGGAGAUCACCAGGGAUAUGAGGGGGAAGACGCCUCUGGCGGAAAUGCCGACGAGCAGGGUCACGGAGACCACGGAAACUACCACGGUGCACCUCAAGACAACAUGGAAGAUAGUGCUGCCUCACGGACGCAGUCCGGUAGCCCUAUCCCCCAGCAGCGCCCACCGCAGGGCGUGAAGCGUAAGGAGGGUUCUGACGAUCGGCCCGUUGACCCUGGCGCCACCACGGCGCUGCUGGUCUCGGAGCUAAACUGGUGGAACACGGACGAUGACAUCCGCGGUUGGGUGCGCCAGGCCGGUUGCGAGCAUGAACUAAAGGACAUCACAUUCAGUGAGCAUAAAAUCAACGGAAAGAGCAAGGGCCAAGCCUAUGUCGAGUUCACCUCGCAGCAGGCCGCCACUGCUACCAAGCACCGCGUCGACGCCCUGUCGAGCGAGUACAGCCAGCCGGGUCAGAAGAGGCACACGGUCAUCUAUUCAAGCCCUACCCACAACCCGUUCCGAACGUUGCCGAAGGACGCCCCUAAUAGGGCCGCCAAGGACGGUCAAGGUCGGGGUCCUUCUGGCCCCGUGUACAAUGACCGUGGCGGCGGCAACUUCGUCGGAAACAACAGCUUUGGCGGAUUCCGCGGAGGACGCGGUAACUUCGGCGCCCCCCGGGCCGGCAUGAACCAGGGCGGGUACAACCGCAACUUUUCGGGCAACAACAUGGGCGCCUUUAAUGCGAACAACAUGGGCUUCAACAACCCCAUGGCCGGCGGAGGUUUCGGCGGUGGCUUCAACCGCGGUGGUAUGAUGGGCAGUGGUAUGCGUGGCGGCAUGCGUGGUGGCCGUGGCGGCGGCAUGAACAUGAUGGGCGGCAUGCCCAUGGGCGGUGGUAUGCCCAUGGGCGGCAUGGCUGGCCCGAUGGGCGGAAUGGGCAUGAUGGGCGGCGGCAUGGGCGGCGCUAUGGGCGCGGGUAUGCCUGGAUUCCAAGGAAUGCAACCAGGCUUCAACCCGGGCUUUUUCGGCGGCGCCAACCAGUCCAACGAGUGGCAGAACCCGCAUGGCGCCAAGCGAGCCCGCGGCGAGUAG